AAUUUACGAAACGAACCAUCAAAUUGCGGGAAACAACGAUGUCUGGAGACGAACUUUACCUGGAUAAUUUAGAUGAAUUUGUCAAUGAUGAAAAUAGAGUUGUAACCUAUAAAUGGCUCAGUCGUGUUCUUACAGUGCAUGUGAAUGAGGCAAAACGGAUGCUCUUUGCUUUCUGUGAGCAGCAGAGGAAUAAGGACCAUGAUGACAUCUCGGUCACUUACUUUGUGGCGGGUUCAACAGCUGCAGGAAUGCACAGUCCACAGGAAUAUAAGUGUGCAGUGGUUUCAGAAGAACAGUUGGAAUCGUACAAGGCGAGUUUGGCUGUAGUCAACUGUGUCCACAUAUACAGCAUACACAAGUCCAAACUGAAGGAUUCCAAUGCCCUGUAUAUUGCCGACUGUGAUGGUUUCAAGGAACAUGCUCUCCAGAGUACACAACACAGUGCCAUCCGUUGUCCGUGGGCGAAACUCCGGACUAAAGAAAAGCUGGAGAAGUUGGGUGUAAAACGAGUUGAUGUUGUGCAGGCUGACCACGGAGAAGUGAAAACGAAAACUGCGAAUGGAUCGUCAUCCAUUAAAGUUGGCAGUACAGCUCAGAAAAAGACGAAAGCUGAACCGAAAGGGAGCAUUGCAAGUAUGUUUGGUGGUGCCAAGAAAGCCGGAAAAGACAAUACAGCUAAACCAGUGGAAGUCCAGAACGAGAAAUCGGACACUGUCACUAAAAACAAGAAGUCCAGGGAGCCUAAAGGGAGUAUUGCAUCCAUGUUUGCUGGUGCCCCCAAAAAGUCAGCUGUGAAACCCCCACCAACAGUGGAAACUUUAUCCAUAGCAGACGAUCGUGUAGAGGAGGAGCCGAAAAAGGAAAAGCCGAAAAAGGAAAAGCCUAAGCCAUCAAAGAUUGGAAAAGGGAAGAAAAAAGGAAGUCCGGUUUCAGAUGACGAAAUUAAGCCGGACAGCAAGCGACGAAGAAGAAUCAAAGAUGAUCUUUUCGAGAGCAGCAGUGAAGAAGAGAUGGAUAUUUUGGAAGAGAGUCCAGUUCCUAGUCCCGUACGAGAGCCAAGCUGUGAACCGGAAUCACCGAUACCGGAUCCUGUUGAAGACCGGUUGCAGGAAGACAAAACAGAGCUGAAGAGUUCCACAGGGGAGAGAAAGAGGAGAAGAACAAGGAAACUGAUUCCCAAGACAUAUGUGGAUGAAGAGGGUUUUAUGGUCACAGAGAAGGUGUGGGAGAGUGAUUCUACUGAUGUGUCAGAGGUGGAGGAAAUUACACCAAAAGAAACAAAGAAGAAAGAAAUACCCAGAAAGGAAGCUGAACCAACAAAAAAACAGACUAAAGGCAAGAAAUCCCCUCAGAAGAAAAGCCCAGUAUUGGGCAAAACUCAAGCAUCACUGACGUCGUUCUUCAGAAAAAACUGAUGUAAUAAAAAAAACUAUUUAUCUAUUUUGAAUUGUGGUAGGAAGAAACUCAAACAUACUCUAACGUUGAGAGUGAAAAUGCACCACAGACCUAAAAAUUAGGCAGCUUCGAAUGAUAAAAAAAAUUCCAAAAUGAUUACAGUUCCGGCAGAUACAUUUUGUGAUCACUUGCAAACCCAGGCAAUUUGAUUUGAUCAUCUACUGUGAAUUAUAGGAUGAAUUCUAGGCAAUAUGCUUAGGAUAUCCAAGAUAUCUUCAGUUCAUUUAAUGUGUAUACUAAACAUUACAAGGGUUAAUGAAUUAUAAUAUAUCCGGGACAUAAAAUGUUAAUAGAUGACUUGCUCUGUAUGGCAGUUACGGGCCAAAUUCCUAUGUACAAAUUGAUAGUAACAAGUAAAUAUGAUCUACAUUCUUUUGAAAAAUGUAUCAUGUACAUGUAAUAUUUUCUUUUGUAAUAAAAGAUGACGUGUA